UGGCCCUGAUUGAUUCAUGACUGGAUUUCCCCUGUUUUCAGAGUGCUGUUUUUUAUUUACUGGCCUGGUUUUAAUAGUAUUUUUUUUAAAAAAACAAACCAGAUUUUGCUCAGGAAAUGUCAAGCAGCAAGAAGCCAUCGGGAGCAUUUCAUCGUAAAAGGAGGUUGCAGCAUUGCAAAGAAGAUGUGACUCAAGCAAAAGCAUUGCAAAGGUUUUUAACGACUUCACCAUCACCAUCGUGUGAGACAGGAAACCUAGAGACAACUGAAUUGACUGAAUCCAUUCAUGACGAUGACGGCAAGAUACCAAUAUCUGAGCCUCUACCUGGACCAUCAACAAGUCAAGACCCUCUUACAGUGACUUCAGCAGCACCGCUAGCACCUUCAAUUAUUGGUUGUGACAUCACUGAGUCAGACACUGAAGAUGUGGAUAAUGAUUUAUUAAGACAUGCAGUCCUGCCAUCUAGUAGUCAGAAAACAAUUGAAACUGUAAGUAGAUUCAAUUUUAACUUAUUAGUACAUAUUUUAGGAAAAUAUAAUUGGCCUAGGCCUGUCCAGUUCGUUUAGCUCUUGUUGAGAAGAAGGAGGAAUGAAGGUGGAGGAUGAAAAGGGCACUUUUCCAGAAAUAUUUAUUAUAAAAUAUCUCAGAGCUAUUUCCAGGUAGAUUUUAGUAAAAUAUUGAUUCUGUAAAUCUGUUAAGAACUGCAGACAUAAUUUUAUAAAACAAUUUGCAUUUACCAUGGUUUACAUUUAUAAUUAAUAUGCAAAAUCUACCUUUCCGAUUGGCCACUGCCAAAAGGUCUGUUUUAUUUCCAUUUUUUAUUAAAAAUUUCAUAACGAGCUAUUAUUGGUAUUGAUCUGGCAUUGCAUUAAAUCUUUGAAAAACUUUAAGAAUUUAACAUACACCACUUUUUUUUUUCAGGAACAAAGCAGAGACCCAUUAUUAUGGAUUUCAAAUGAUUGUGGAGAGUGGCCACCCAAAAUAAAUGAUAAGGUACGGAAAAUACUUGUGGAACGAGGACCUCAGCAAGUCAGAGACAAAGAUUUUCCUCAGGAUGCUAAGGGUAGGAGAUUUACCUCAAGUUAUUAUACAAAGAAGCUGUGCAACGGAGAGUAUAUCAACAGGGAUUGGCUGCUAUAUUCUGCAUCAAAAAAUGCAGUAUUUUGUUUUACAUGCAAAAUUUUUGGAAACUCAAAUUCUCUUCUUGCUAGUAGCCAAGGAUAUUCUGACUGGAAGAACUUGACCAAGACUUUGGACAGUCAUGAGAAAUCCAAAACUCAUCUUGCACACUAUGCAUCUUGGUAUGAACUCUCUCAGUGUUUACAUUUAAACAAAACUAUUGAUGCAGAGCAUGAAAGACUUAUUCAUGCUGAAACUGAACAUUGGCAGCAAGUUCUGAAACGCUUGCUAUGUGUUGUACAGUUUUUGGGGACUCAAGGAUUGGCAUUUAGAGGGAAAAAAGAUGUUCUAUUUGAACGUAAUAAUGGCAACUUUUUAAAAUUGGUAGAACAUAUAGCAAAGUUUGAUGGUUUUAUGGCCGAACAUAUGAGAAGAAUCAAUUCCAAAGAAACACAUGUUCACUAUUUGAGCAAAAAUGUCCAGAACGAGUUUAUUGCUUUCUUGUCAGGCAAGAUCCAGAACAAUAUUUUACAACAACUACACCAGGCAAAAUAUUAUUCUAUUAUUUUAGACUGUACUCCCGAUGUUAGCCACACUGAACAAAUGACGUUGGUGGUAAGAUUCAUUACAUUUGAAGCAAAUAAAGAUGUCUCAAUUAAGGAACAUUUUUUAGGCUUUGUUCCUGUUAUCCAUGCUUCAGGUGAAGGUCUCACAGAAAUAUUACUCAAAGAGUUGGAAGCACGACACAUUCCUUUAAAAAGCAUGAGAGGCCAGGGCUAUGAUAAUGGUUCUGCAAUGAAGGGAAAACAUGUUGGAGUCCAGAGGAGGAUCCUUGAUUUAAAUCCUAGAGCCUUUUAUGUACCAUGUGGAAACCACUCCCUGAACUUGGUCGUAAAUGAUGCAGCUCUGUCUUGCAGGAUUGCAGUACGCUGUUUCAGCACUAUACAACAAAUCUUUAACCUUUUUUCAGGUUCUACUCUAAGAUGGAGUAUUUUGUUGAAGUAUGUUACAAGUCUCACAGUCAAACCACUCAGCAAUACUAGGUGGGAAAGUAGAAUUGAGGCACUGUUGCCUUUGAGGUUCCAUAUUGAAGAAGUAUAUGAUGCCUUAAAUGAAGGCUUCUGAAGAUGAGAAAUUUGAUGCAUUUUGUAGGGACACUGCUGAAGUACUUCUUAAUAGACUGCAAAGCUUCACGUUUCUGUGCUGUGUAGUGACAUGGCAUGAGAUCUUGCAUAAGAUAAAUAUGGUUAGUAAACUGUUGCAAAAUGUGACAAUUGAUCUUCAAAGUUCUAUGGAUCUUAUUAAGAGUGUGAAAACAUUUCUAGAAAGAAUGAGAUCUGAAGAAGGUCUAAAUAACGUCAUUACAGAUGCAAAGGAACUUGCAAAAAAAAUCGAUGCUGCUGCUGACUUUGAAAAAGAACCGCUAUCUCGAUCAAGAAAAGUAAAAAGACAGUUUUCCUAUGAAAGUAAAGAUGAAGCUGUACUUUCUGGUAAAGAAUCUUUUAAAGUCAACUUCUUUUUUGUUGUGCUUGACACAGCAAUAUCCUCAUUAAAGGAGAGAUUUGAGCUAAUGGACAACCAUAGUGAAAGUUUCAAAUUUCUGUAUGAUAUUUCAAGCCUUGGGAAAAGUUUGAAAGAAACAGAAUUGAAGAUUGCCUGUCAACACCUUCAAACCGUUUUGACGGAUGGAGAAGACCACGAUGUGAAUGGUGAUGAUCUGUAUGAUGAGCUACAAAUACUUCCAAAUAUGCUGCCACCUGGAAGUCCUCCAGCUGAAGCCUUGUCUUUCAUAACCAAACGUGGUUUUGUGCAUGCUUUCCCAAAUGUCUAUAUUGCAUUGAGAAUUCUGUUAACACUUCCAGUAUCCGUGGCCAGCGGUGAAAGGAGUUUUUCAAAAUUAAAACUUAUAAAAACCUACUUAAGAUCUACUGUGAGUCAAGAGCGCUUGAGUGGAUUAGCAACCUUGGCCAUUGAGAAUGACUUGUUGCAAGAAAUUGAAACAGAUGUGCUCGUAUGUGAGUUUUCAAAAUUGAAAGCCAGAAAAAUCUCUUUUUAAUUUUAAUAGUGUUCAAGUUUAUUUGUGUUAAAGAAAACUGGAUGUUAAAAUAUCCACUCAAGUGAAGGUGCUAGAGGCUGGCUAUGUUGCCACACUCAUUAUAAUGGUCCAGGCUGGCCUGGCAUUUCUGAAGGACAAGAGUUCACUUCCUGAAAAAGGAAGUGUCUAUUCUCCUGGGACUGCGUUCUCCAAAACAAAACUGAUUUACAGACUCAAGAAGCAUGGGAUUGAAUUCUCUGAUAUUAGCAAGUCCGAAGUCUGAAAACUCUUCUGAAGGGACAGCAUGACCAGGAAACCUUUGUGUAGUACUUGUAGACUAAAAAUAACAACAAAAACUAAGUUUAAUAAAAUAUUUUCAUUCUAAAAUGCAAGUAGUUUUGUGUUAAUUCUAUGUAAUGUAACUAUAUGAACAUAAUGAUGUAAAUAAACUUCUGAUUUGUAAGGUAAACUCUUUUAUCCAUUCUAUUCACCUCUACCUUCUACCUUUUAUUUCUCAGUUAUUGGUUUGGGGGGGGGGCACCAAAAUUCUGUUCGCCUACUCUUGAAAAUUACCUUGGACCGGCUCUGAUGAAACCCAAAUAGGUAAGUAAGUAAUUCAGGAAUAC